AUGCACCAGGUGUCGUACCGAGCAGGACUUAAUUCGAACGCAGGUCGAAACGAGAGGUUCUGGGAGAAAAUCGAGUGCCGGGAUCGUCAUUGCCGUGCUCACCGGCGUGCCGGUAGAGCUAACGCCGCUACCGUCGCUACCGCCGCUACCGCCGCUACCGCCGCUGCCGCGACGCCGUACGAUCCAUCGAUCGUAUCGUCCUCUCGGGAUCAACGAUCCGAUCUAUCCUCCUCUCGCAUUCUCUUUAGAUACAGAGGAUCAUUGGUACCGUCCAACGUUCUCCUUAUAGGACUGGCCUUGUGUUGUUUAACCUUUUCCCCGGUACAACCGCGACAAAAUCAUCACCAAACUUGCCCAGGCUGUCCGCACCAGCAUCAACAGCAGCAACAGCAGCAACAACAGCAACAACAACGAGAGCAGCAGCAACAGCAGCAGCAGCAGCAGCAGCAGCAACAGCAGCAGCAGCAACAACAUCAGCAGCAACAGCAGCAGCAGCAACAACAACAACAACAGCAUAUUCACGAAACGCAUCACAGAGGCGGUGGUGGUGAUUCGGAGAGGAAAGACACCACCGCGCCCACCCCCGACGAUCUGAGACUAGAGGCUAUUAAACAUCAAAUACUCACGAAACUCGGUCUUAGGACACGGCCGGAUGUCAAUAGGACUUUGGCCACGGUACCUAGGCAUUUGGCAUUGGAAACUCUGUACAGAGCCGAAGCGCAGUCCUCUCGUUAUCCAUCGUUCGAUAGAUCGAGGGACGAUCGCGAGAACGUGUAUUCGGCGGAAUUUCUUUACGGUGCCGAUGAGUAUUCCUAUAGAAACCUCUAUCAACGAGUCGACGGGUCUACGAAAGACAACGCGAAAAUCGUUCCUUCGUAUCGAGGCUAUGUAGAACACGAGGACCAAGAACCGGAGGAAGAGAUGGACGAUUUCUACGCGAGAACCUCGGAGAUCAUUACGUUCGCCGAACCCGGACGCACGCUAAAUGGACAACCGUUAUUGGAGUUUCCAAUGUCCAGCGGCGAACCAGCCUUGGAACCCCUGAGAAUCAAAAGGGCCACGCUUUGGACCAGAGUCGAAUUCAGGCACGCCCAUCGCUACCAACAUCAUCGUCAGAGUCAAACCAACCAAAGAAAUUUUACUCUCUGGGUAUUCAGAGUACGUUGCGGCAACACGACGCACUUGCGUGGAAAGGAGCUUGGCCAACACCUGGAAAUGGUCACGUCCCUCGGAGUGAACAUCGGACAACUCGGUUGGCUUAAGUUCGACGUCACCAAGGUCGUGAAUAGCUGGUAUACUACAAACCGGGAUGCCGCGAAGGAUAAAUUGACGUUGCUCGUCGAUUGUACCGGAUGUGGCUCACACGUCUACGUAUCGACCUUUGACGGACAUUCCCCGCACGUAAUCGAGUCAUCUUUAAACGCAAAAGGUACUCAAGAUCCGGACAGACCUUUCCUAGUCGUUCGCACGGAUCCGGCGGCUGUGAAACGGGUUAGAAGACGAGCGAUCGAAUGCAGCGGCGCUAUUAAGGGUCAAUGCUGCAAGCAAAGGUUCUACGUAAACUUUUCGCAGCUCGGUUGGGACGACUGGAUAAUCGCACCCCAAGGGUACUACGCGAAUUACUGCAGAGGAGAUUGCGCGGCAGGGCACAGAACACCGGACACUUUCCUCAAUUACUACACCCACGUGAUCGAGGAGUACCGAAAGAUGGAUCGACUGGCUGGCAUGCAACCCUGCUGCGCCCCUCUCAAGUUCUCGCCUAUGUCGUUGAUCUACUACGGUCCUGACUCCAACAUCAUCAAGAGAGAUCUACCGAAGAUGGUAGUCGACGAAUGCGGCUGCCCCUAAGCCGUUGCUCUUCUGCUCCCUCUACGCUCCUCCUAUUCUCCCUAUACG